GACGUAAGGUCCACACGUGAAUUACAGAAUCGGGAAGAAUAUUUUUUUAGAACUUAUACAUAACAAAUUUGCACCAUCAUAUUUUGAUCAUAGAAAAUAAAGUUAAGAAAGUAGGACAUCGCGAAACAAGUGUAAAACCGAGUGUGUGCUAAACACAUGUCCCUAUAAAAAAAUCUAGAACUAAGAUUUAAAAGUUUUGUGUCGCCAAUCGACUGACAAGUGACAAUAUAUAUACAUUGCGGUUGAUAUCAAGAUCAGUUAACAUAAUUAUAGUGUAAAAGUUUAUAUUAUAAAUAAAUAAGAAAUGGAACACCACAGCAUGCAUCAUCACCAUCAUCAUAGUAUUCAAAAUACUCAAGGUCAUCAUCCCAUUCAUUGGAAUUAUUCAUCACCAUCUACAAACAUUUCAACAGCUCCAUUGACAUCAACUCCUAUUGCGAAUAGUAAUCCAGUCAGCAAUCAAGCAACAUGGACACCUCCUUCGACAAGAGGUCUCAAAAGAGCAAUGUCAGAGAGUGAUUGUGAUGACAUUUAUUCCGAAGAAUCAUCAAAGGAGCAUCCAUCGUCUAUUGAAAAUGACAGUUGUCAGCUAAUGACUCGUAAGAAACGACGAGGUGUAAUUGAGAAGAAACGAAGAGACAGAAUAAAUUCAUCGUUGUCGGAACUAAAGCGACUUGUGCCAUCCGCUUUUGAAAAGCAGGGUUCAGCGAAGCUGGAAAAGGCUGAGAUUCUUCAACUAACAGUAGAUCAUCUUAAAACGUUACAUUCGAAAGGCAUAGAUUCGAUGACAUUCGACCCACAACGAUUUGCGAUGGAUUAUCACAUCAUUGGUUUCCGUGAAUGUGCAUCUGAAGUAGCACGUUAUCUUGUGACAAUUGAAGGAAUGGACAUACAAGAUCCAUUGAGAUUAAGGCUCAUGUCACAUUUACAAUGUUUUGUUGCUCAACGAGAACUGAGUGCAAAGUCAUCUGCUCCAACGAUGCCAGGCACAAAUUGGACAAGUUUUCAAAAUUCUUAUCAACCAAACUAUUCAGCACAAGGCUAUCAGACAUAUCCAGCAACUCCAAUUACGCCCAGUUCAAAUCAGCAAACCAGCAGCAAUCAGCAUAACAAUAGCUUUAAUUCAUCGUACAUGUCUGCAAAUGCAUCUACAUCAACAUCAUAUCUCAUACCACAAUCGCCUGAAUAUUCAUCAUCGGGAUAUGGAACGACAACGAAUAAUUCAUCGACUAGCACGAAUGUCAAUACGUCAUCAAAUAAUAAUAGUGUAACCUCAACAUCGCCAGCUCCAGUUACAGUUACAACAAGCGGCCCAGCCCAACAACAGUCGCAAGAGAAUCAACAACCUAUUUAUACAGAUCUUUCAAACUCUAAUGAUCGAUUACAAUUAAACUUGGGUGGAAAUUAUCAUUAUGGUAAUGCAAAUCAAUUGUAUGGCAAUGGUGCCAAUAACGGAUACAAUAAUAAUAAUAAUAACUCAAAACCAUAUCGUCCAUGGCACCCAGAAAUGGCCUAUUGAAGUGAGGCUCAUGACACGCACAUUCGAGAUAUCCAUUAUGUGCAAAAACAAAAAAAUUAAUCCAAAGGAUUUCAUAUAUUUUUUAUGAAUAUAAACAAUGGUGAAAAAAAUUUUAGUCAUUAGUAUAUAAGGCAAAAGUAGAUUUAUAAGGUAUAUCCAAAGGACUAAUACGUGUGUUCCAAAGCAGUUUGUAUUUUGUUUCAACAAUUGUCAUAAUGAAACGUGAAUUUUUGACUCGUCACACACAAUCCUCACAUCCAAAAAUACAUAAAAAUUGUUUACAAAAUCAACAACUUGACAAUGGCAAAACUUAUAUAUCUCAGGAUUUCGUAGCUUAAAAAGUUUUUUUUUCUAUUCUAUUUUAUAUAAUACUUUUCGCUCUCUUUUU